AUGUCCCGCAGUGUAACUGUGCCCUGUGAUGCCCUGCUCGACAUCACCUUCUUUGGUCUAGCAGCUCAGGAAGGAGAGACCUGCGCUAAGACUCAAGGUGUCAAUAUCUACAGCAUCGGGCUCAACCAAACCGAGGUACCUGUAUGGGAGUCGUUUAUGGAGCAGUUACUGCAUUUUCAUCGCAAGAAUCCCACUUACGAUGGCCGCUUUCUCGUGCAACGCUGUCCCAUUCAAGAGCCCCUAGUCACACCGAAAUCGGAUACUGCCUAUCCCCACCGACAGAUAAAGAUGCAUAUCAGCAACGUUGAGGGACGGUAUACAGACCCCUACAUUGAAGACCCAGUCAACGCCUUCUUGCAUGAGUCUCGCCAUCAUUUCCAGUUGUCCAGUGGCUUUGACAAACUGGCCGUUUAG